AAUAAGUGAAUGUGUAAACAUGACCGGCCUAUUAAACUAAGGCUAUGCAACCAGGCAGCUAGACUUUACAGAUUAUAUACCUGCACAGGAGAACGAUGAUUCAGUCUUUAGUCUCCAAGAUGCUGCUGAUUGCUACCUGUAUGCUAGUAUUAAGCUCUACAUAUGCACAAGUUGCUGUGUUCAGUUUCCAACAAGGAACACAUUCCACAAACGAGUCGGAUUCAGCUGUACAAGUGUCGUUGGAGUAUGGUGCCCUCAACAGAACUGUUGAAUUGCAGCUAUUAAGUCGGAGUGGAUCUGCAAUAGAGAAUAUUGACUACAUUGGUAUCAAUCAGACAGUCGUAUUCAGUCCCGAUGGUCCCUCGUCGGUACUAAUAAUGAUAAUGAUCAUUCCCGAUGGUCUAGUUGAGAGAGAUGAGACAUUUUCUAUCAGCUUGACAACCUCCCAAAAAGACGGUGCCAGUGGGAACAUUGUCAUUGGAAGAGACGUGGCUCAGAUCACCAUCGAUGACUUAGAUACUGCUGUGAUUGAGAUAGUAGGUAUGAGGGAUGUGGUUCGAGAGGGGGAGGGCAAUGCUCGGUUCAACAUUAGACUGCUCUCUGGUGAACUAGGGAUACCAGUGGAUCUAGUGUACUCUACUUACAACAUUAACGCUACAGAUGGAGAAGAUUAUGUGGCUGUAUUAAAUGAGCCAGUCACACUUUCUUCACUAUCACCAAGCUUCGAAGGACUCAUUGUAGUCAAUGACGAUAGAGUGUUUGAGGGUGAAAUAAACGAGAGGUUUGGAGUGCAGCUGUCUCUGUUGUCUGGAGUUCCUGACAGAGUCAUCAUCGAAACAUCUGUUCUGGAAAUUCAGAUUGAAGACAAUGAACCAAAACCAGUUGCAACUUGUGGACAGUUACCUAAGCUUGUCAAUGGAGCUCUAUCUUUAUCCAGUGGUGUCAAUGAAGGAAGUGUGGCAACGUACACCUGUGACACAGGGUUCAAUCUGAUUGGAUCAGCCACUCUUACCUGUACCAGUGAUGAUGGAUGGACUCCAGCAGUACCAGUCUGUCUCAGAAUAGUCGACUGUGGUCGCCUCCUAUCACCCCCCAAUGGCAAUGUGGCAACACCCUCUGGCACCACAGUCGGUAAUGUGGCCCUCUACUCAUGUGAUAAUGGACUGCUUUUAACCGGCCCUUCUGUUCGGGUCUGUGGCAACAAUGAACUGUGGACUCCAGACGCACCCACCUGCGAAGAAGCUCUUGUAGUGCCACCACCUUCUUUACCAGAAGAAUCAGUUGAAGUUGGUACAAAUAACAUUUUGCUAUGGACACAAGAUAAAAUAGUCACAGGCUACAUACUCGACAUCACUUACAAUGGACCAUGUACUCUUAACAGUCAGACAAUGUUUUUAGAUGGUUCACUGCGCUCGUAUACUAUCACUGGUCUGGAAGAGGGGAGUUCUUACACUAUCGAGUUAUCUGCUCUGAAUGGUGCUGGAAGGAGUGAGGGAAGUCGACUACAGAUAUUUACUCUUGGAACAGUUCCCAGCGGCCCCCCACAAUCUGUCAGGCCAACAACAAUUGACACCAAUGUGAUCGCUCUGAGGUGGGACGAAGUGAAUUGUUUAGAACGAAAUAGUUUGGAGCCGCUUCAAUAUUUUGUCGAGUAUUCUCAAUCGGAAGGAGCUACUCGUACCAUUAUCACAUCUGGACAAAAUGUUACUAUCAGGAAUCUAGAGCCAGGCACCAUGUACACAUUCCAGGUGGCUGGAGAGAAUGACGCCGGAAGAGGACCUUUUGCUUCACUAUCACACUCCACUCUAUCUGAACCUACCGUUACAACAGAAUGUCCGACUGUCACAGAGUGUCCCACAACGACAGAGUGUCCAGUUGUCAUUGUGUAUGUGUGUCCGGUUUUUAUUACCCCCGAAGUUCCCGAAGUUAUAGUGAUAACUCCACCUAUUAACUGCAUUGAGGGAGAUUUGCGGCUUGUGAAUGGUGAAAAUGAGCUGGAAGGUCGUGUGGAGGUAUGCUUUAAUGGAAUAUGGGGAACAGUUUGUGACGAUUCUUGGGACGUUCCGGAUGCUACAGUUGUGUGCAACCAGUUGGGUCACUCUGUUGAAGGUGCCGAAGCAUUUGGCCGAGCCAUGUUCGGGGAGGGGGAGGGGUUUAUCCUACUGAACGGUGUGAAUUGCACCGGGAAUGAGGAGAGACUGGAAAACUGCGGUAGUAGCGACUACGUGGUCCACAACUGUACUCAUGGUGAAGAUGCUGGAGUGAGGUGUAUGGCACUCAGAGGCCUGGUUGUUACUCAACCAGUGAGGUUGCCCUUGGACCUUCGACUGAUCACCAGGAACCUCAUCGCCCCAACAGAUGACUUCGAGUACUUAUGUCUUGUGAAUGGAGUUAAUCUGACAGCUCAGUAUGAGAACGAGAACACCAUCCUGUGUAUAGUGGGCAGUGGGAAUCUCACACUUUCUGCUGGGGUUGGUAGUUCCCUCGCAGUUGUCAUGGUUGUCAUGGUGAUCUGGCCUGUGAAUAAUGUCAACAACACACUCAGCAUCACUGUGCCACUAACUGAAGUGACGUUGUAUGAUUGUCGUAAUUUGGCCAGUGGAUGUUUAGAAUGUAUUGCGGCCGGAAUUGGACUACAGUUCACAUGUGGGUGGUGUGGGGGUAGUUGUGAAGUCAUGCAAGAGUGCUCUAAUAGUUUCAUUACUGAGGGGGACAAUUGUCCUGCCCCUGUCAUCAACUCAUUCACUCCAAUGUCUGGACCAGUUCAGGGUGGUACAGAAAUCACUGUGAACGGCACUGACCUCGGAGUAACUUUUGCCGACAUUCAGAGCUCCAAUCUUACAUUAGGGGGUGUGGCCUGCUCUCCUAUCAACACUGGCUACAAGAUAGGGUGCCAAUUUGUCUGUAUGACCACCAAUUUAGGAACUGAAGGGCCCAAAAACUUCUCUCUAACGAUUGGCUCUAGAGAGGCCAUCGUAAACGCUGGCUCAUUUACUGCAGUGUAUCCUACUGUCAAUAGUGUAACGCCGACUUUUGGACCCAUGGCCGGGGGAACCAUAGUGGCUGUGAGUGGGACUGGACUGAACGUGGGUAACCAGGAGGACACAAGAGUCUCUCUAAACAUCAGUGGGUCAAGCUAUGUCUGCAAUGUAUUGUUACUAUCUAUCCAGUCUCAUGAGAUUCGUUGCACUACCACAGAAGCAAACUUCACCUCUAAUGCAAUGGUAGUGGUGAGCAUUGAUGCUGCCACAAUCAGCAAUCCUGGACUAGUCUUCAGUUAUCUUGGCAACCCCAAUGUGAUUAAUGUAUUUCCUAGCAACACGAUUUCCAGCGGAGGCAUCAUGCUAACCUUUACUGGACUGAACUUUGAUGUGGUACAACAGCCUGUGUUAGAGGUCUACCAGCCAUUUGAGGCUCCUCUGAGGAGCAACUGUAGUCUUGGAAAUGGUACCAUCUGCAGCGCUGUGAACAUUACCACUAUCACAUGCUCCACUCCCAACGUGUCGGGGAUCUCCCUGAACUACGCUCUAUUGUUUGAUGAUGUUCCACCCACCACACAAGCGUGCUUUCCCAUCAGUGUCCAAUCAGAUCCCUCCAACUUCAGACUGGAGACCUCUGAAGAGGUCAUCACUGGCACAGUGAACUUCCUACGUAUUGUGGGUGAUAAUCUUGACUCAGUGGAGACCAGUGAGAUACGAGUGACCGUGGGAGGGGAAGAGUGUGUCCUAACACCCAGUGAGAGAAGGAGUGUCAUCAUCUGUACUGCCCCCUUCAAGCCUCCAGGAGGGGGAAACACAUCCAUCAUAAAUGUGACCGUUGGGAGCAACAUUGCUCAAGAACUGCAUAAGCGACUGACUUACAAAGUUCCUGUGGCAGCGGUAAUUCUUCCUGUGACUGAUAGAGUUCCUCUGCAGGAGAUUAUUAUCUCAUUAAGUGCAAUCAUCUUUUUACUGGUUGUGUGUGUACUGAUAGUUUUCAUCUGCUUGUAUCUAAACUACCGAAAAAAGAAGUCAGUGUCAAUUAAAAUGCACCAACAAAACAUGGAGCUCGUGGCUAUUGGGAGAUAUCAAGAGAUAGUGGAUGGUAAUACUGCACUCGUUAAAUCAGAACUCAAUAAGAUUGCUGAGUCCAUCUCAGACUCAUUCAAAAUACCAUCCUCAACAUUGAAGCUCUCCAGUAAUACAAUUGGACAAGGUGAAUUUGGCAUUGUGUACAAGGGCGUCCUGAUAGACUGGAACAAUGUACCUAUGCAGGGAGUGGCCGUGAAGACAUUAAAAGGCCUGUUCUCGUUGUCGGAUGUUCAGAGCAUGGUGUGUGAGGUGAAUAAGAUGCAAGACCUCCACCAUCCUCACGUUAUGUCCUUGAUCGGGGUCUGCCUCGAUGCUGGCCCCGGCAUUGCCAUAGUGAUGCCAUAUAUGGCAAAUGGGAGCCUCUUCGACUACCUCAAGAAAGAGAGGGACAUCCUUGAGCUGGACGAUGACUGUGAGAUUGAUCAAAUUCUGGCAGUGAGGAAACUGCUAUUAAAAAUGUGCCAUCAAAUUGCACUGGGAAUGGCCUACUUGGCCGAGCAGAAGUUUGUCCAUCGAGAUCUUGCAGCCAGAAACUGCAUGCUGGACUCGGGGGGGGGUAUCAGGGUGGGGGACUUUGGUCUGGCUGAGGACAUUUAUGCUAGCGGCUACUUCAGACAAAACAACCGAGCCAAUGCGAAGGUCCCCUACAAAUGGAUGGCUUUGGAAAGUCUCAACGAUGCCAUCUUCACAGAGAAAACUGAUGUGUGGUCAUAUGGUGUGACUGUUUGGGAGAUAUUCAAUGGAGGACGGUGCCCCUACCCUGCCGUAGACCCACUGUCCCUCAUCCAGCUACUGGAGGAAGGGAGGAGACUCGAGAGAUCUCUCAACGCAGCCUGUGCCACCGAGAUUUCUGUUGUGAUGCGUAAGUGUUGGAAGGAGGACCCAGAGGAGAGGCCAACCUUCUCACAACUGUCCUCCAUUGUGGAGAGGCUACUGACAGCCAUCGCUGGCUAUACUGAGCUCGGUAUGGUGCUAGUAGACACUAGUCAAGAGGAGGAGCAGCACAAAUAUGACUACGUAUCCCCGCCCACUGAACUCCCUGGCAACCUUCUGUCACCUGACCCUCUAACAACUGAGAACAGUGCCUACGGCUUCGGGGACAGGCAAGAAAAAGAGGAGCUCACUGACCCUCUUACAACUGAGAACAGUGCCUACGGCCUCGGGUACAGUCAAGAGAAGAAAGAGCUCAAUAGUGUGCCCACGCUGACGCCCACUGGUGAAGUCCCUGAUCACUAUGAUGACCUCCCGUCAGUAACUGCAUGAGAACAGUGACAUGGGGAAGAAAUGACUACAAUUCAGCAGACAACUAUAAUUAUAAGUAGAAUGCUGUCCUGUGCUUAACCAAUUAUUAUUAUUAUUAUGCCUCGGUGUGCGCUAGUCUCGCGGACCAUUACUGAUGCUACGUAUGAUAUCAAUCCUAUAUAUAGUAGAUAAGAACCAUCAUUAUUAAAAA